UUUUUUUUAGAAAAUUGUGCUUGAAAUAUUAGUACCGAACAACUCUUGGUGCGCUAGUGUAAUAAUUAUUUUAUUUGAUUUUGUUAAACUUUUCCUCUCCCCUUUCCUUUUUCUUCUUAAUUGUGGAUAAUCUAAAAAAUUAGUAAUUGUGUGCUUAUUAAUUCGGGUUAUAAUAGCUUAGUGUCAAAUUAAAUGAAUAAUUUAGCUAAUUCGGUGAAAUUGAAAACCUUCUUUGAUCGAUGUAAUCGCAAUUCGCAAAUGAUUUUCCACCAAAAACAACAAAGGGCUCAAGAUCUCAGAAAAAAGCAGCACACACUCCAACUGUUUGUGUAAAUUCCCCACCGAAAAACAGCCAAGGCAUUGAUCGAGAAAAACGGGUGAAUUCGGAUCGCAGAAUCAAUCAAGAUUGAUUGAUGGGUUCGAGCGACGAUAUGCCGGAGGGCACGGUGAAGAACAUUCUGGAGCAGGAGUCGCUCAAGUGGGUGUUCGUCGGCGGCAAAGGCGGAGUCGGCAAGACUACAUGCAGCUCAAUCAUGUCGAUUCUGCUGGCCAACGUUAGACCAUCUGUGCUCAUCAUCUCCACCGACCCCGCCCACAACCUCAGCGAUGCGUUUCAGCAGAGGUUCACCAAGACCCCCACCCUCGUUUCCGGCUUCACAAACUUGUAUGCAAUGGAAGUUGAUCCUAAUGUGGAAAAUGAAGACAAUCUUAGUGCUGAUGGGGCCGAUGGGUUUAUGUCAGACUUGACAAAUUCGAUCCCAGGAAUCGAUGAGGCUAUGAGUUUUGCAGAAAUGCUCAAGCUAGUGCAGACUAUGGAUUAUUCUGUUAUAGUGUUUGAUACAGCCCCAACUGGUCACACUCUUCGAUUAUUACAAUUUCCCUCGACAUUAGAGAAAGGUCUUUCAAAGUUGAUGAGUUUGAGGAGUAAGUUUGGUGGAUUGUUCAGCCAGAUGACUCGUAUGUUUGGUGUUGGUGAUGAUUUUGGUGAAGACGACGUCUUGGGGAAGCUUGAAGGCAUGAAAGAUGUGAUCGAACAAGUAAACAGGCAAUUUAAGGAUCCCGAUUUGACUACUUUCAUCUGUGUUUGCAUUCCCGAGUUCCUGUCUCUGUACGAAACUGAACGAUUAGUUCAGGAGCUUACCAAAUUUGAGAUAGAUACUCAUAAUAUCAUUAUUAACCAAGUAAUUUUUGAUGAAGAAGUUGUUGAAUCAAAACUGCUCAAAGCUAGAAUUCAAAUGCAACGGAAGUAUCUGGAUCAGUUCUACGUGUUGUAUGACGACUUCAACAUAACUAAGCUGCCAUUGCUGCCCCAGGAGGUUUGUGGAGUUCAAGCAUUGCAAGCAUUUUCGCAACAUUUUUUGACACAAUAUGAAGCAUGCAUCCAACGAGGGACGUUAGAGGAGGUGGAGCAGAGAGUAUCGGCCUUAAAAGAAACGCUCCAAGAAGCUGAAUCGGAACUUGAAAGAGUUAAAAAAGGGAAACAGAAGGCUUGAUAUCCAACAUAGAUUGCAGGUGACUCACAGAUUACCUCGCCCCCGAAACAGUCGCGUCGCAACCUUUGACUUCGUGCCAGCUCAACUCUGAAAAGGGUAUUAGCUUGUGUAGUUUAUUUAGAUCUUGCUAGAAAAGAAUCAUCUAUUCCAGAAAUUCUUUUUCCUGAAGGCCAAUAAGUGAAGAUUUUUUUUUUAUUUUUUUAUUUUGUAAUGAUCUCAAUCAAGGCAAUUUUGUAUCUGAUCAGAAAUUCACAGGGUCCCUUUUAUUCAAAUGUGAACAUUUACAGGCUUUCUAUAAAAGAAUUCUAUUUGAAUUAA